GUCGUCUCUCCGUCCUUCUUCCACUCCAGGGCAGAGACACAAACAGCAGCACAGCAGCAUCCGUCUUUCUCUCUUUCCCUUAUUAUUUCUCUCUCUCUCUCUCUCUCUCUCUCUCUCCUCUUCUCUCUUUCUCUCUCCAGCAUUUGUGUUGAUUUCAAAGCUGCAGGCAUUAAGGUAAGAAGGAAGGCGAUGGCUGAGGUGGUAGAUCUCCUCUCCACACCCCAUAACGUCCAAAUCAGUGAGGUGACCUGUGACUCGUUUUGCGUUGCCUGGGAGAUGACCCCCGAGGAUGCGGGACGCGUGACGCACUACUUCAUCGACCUGAGCCACAAAGCUGGAGGAGAGAGGAACCGCUUCAAACACAAAGAUGUUCCCACUAAGCUGGUGGCUAAGGCGGUGCCGCUGCCGAUGGCCGUGAGGGGUCACUGGUUCCUGAGCCCUCGAACCGAGUACUGUGUGGCUGUACAGACCGCCAUCCGGCAGCCUGAUGGAGACUACCAGGUGUCUGAGUGGAGUCAGGUGGUGGAGUUCUGCACUGGAGAUUACGCUGUACAUCAUCUGCAGCAGCUGCUGGAUAAAGCUCAGGGUGUAGCGGGGAGGAUGCUGCGCUUCUCUGUGUUUUACCGCAACCAGCACCCCGAAUACUUCCACUACGUCAGAACUGAAUGUGGAGGUUUGAUGCCCACAUCUUUAAAAGACAACAGCGGCAGCCACGGCUCGCCCAUCAACGGAAAGCUCCGUGGCGUCUUCCUGAGCUGCAACACCGAGUUUGACACCGGCCUCCCUCCUAAAGACUCGCCCUACGGCCCCCUGCGCUACCAGAUCUCCGCCGCACUUCUCCUGAAGGCUGACACGCACCUCUAUUUCGCAGAUUUCUACUGCAUGUACACGCCGUACCACUACGUCAUCUUGGUCCUGGCCCCCGUCGGGUCAGAGGGCGACCGCUUCUGCGACGGGCGGCUCCCCCUGCUGGACCUCGCGAACAACCCGUUCCUGACGUACGUCCCCGGGGAGGAACCGAUGUUCUGUCACGCCAGCGAUGUCAUCCUGGAGGCUCUGUACACAGAGCCACUGCCACUGGAACAAGGCACGGUGGCACAGAUCAGCGGCCAUCACCGGCUCAUGAGCCUCUCUACUGCCAACGCCAAGAAGGACCCGAGCUGCAAAGUGUGUAACAUCAGUGUCGGGCGCUGAGGGACCGAGACCGGAAUGAACUGGUGCAAUAUUUCUGAUGCAACAGGCAGCAUCCAGAGCUGCGCCAGAGCACAAAAAGAAAUGUGGUGGAAAAGAUGGUGACCAAUUUUAACAGUGUUAUAAAGAUUAUUAUUUUUUAAAUUCCAAAUGGAAAAACUAGCACAUCCUGAUUAUUAUAUUUAUUUAAUAUGAUUUACAUCAUUAGUCCAGACGGAUUUUACUAUUUGUAUAAAUAUAAAAGCCAUAAAAUGCACAAACUGCCAAAUCAGUAACAAUCAACACUCUAUAUAUCAGUGAUGUCUCUAAGGAUCGGUGCUACCUACUGAAGUUACCAAAAUACAGCUGAAUGCAAAAGUUUGUACCCCCUUAUUGCAAAAGAAGAUGAUCUGUUUAUCUUCACAAAUAUCACCAAAAAUAUUGUAAAGAAACAGUCAAAUUGUUUAUCUUAAUAAAAUAAAAUCACACUGAUAGAUCUAAAGUUCAAGUUAUUCCAGCCAUUUCCUCUGUUUCUAUAACAACCUUGCCAUCCCCUGCCUGACA